GAUUACCAUGGCCAGCUACGAUCCAGUUGCUCGUGUUUGGAAAGGAUGCCACGAUCCUCCGCUGUUCAAUCCGGAAGCCAGCGUGGGUCAGAUAUUGUACCAUCUGUUAGCGUUGAACCCUUCGAAAGUGCUCCAAAUCGAUGCCGAUAGUGGGGCUACAAUGACCCAGGGAGAGAUGAGGUUGAGAGCGAUUAGAUUGGCUCAAAAUCUAACCGCCUUGGGAUAUCGGAAGGGUGAAGUUGUGACGUUGGCAAGUGGAAAUAGUGAAAAUUUGGCGCCCAUCGUGUUGGGAUUACUUUUUGUCGGGAUGCCUUUUAAUGGGAUUCCACCGAACUAUGAGUUUGAAGAUGCGGUGCGUAUGUUCAAGAUGUCGAAACCUACUCUGGUGAUAUGUCAAGAGUCUAACUAUGAGUUGAUCAAGAAAGCUGUUGGACUAACAGUGGGUGUGAAUACGAAAGUUUACGUCCUCGAUACGGUUAUGAAUAAUGUUCUUAAUACCAAUGAAUUGUUGGCCGAAACUGGAGUUGAGACACUUUUCAGGCCACCAUACCUUGGAAACUCUCACGAACAGAUAGCAUUCAUCGCAACCUCGUCUGGCAGCACUGGCGAAUCUAAGGCUGUAGCGUAUUCGCAUGCGCAAGUCCUAAUCAUGUUUGCUGGCUACAGAACAGCCCCCGAUGAAGUUUAUAUUCUGGGUUUUACGUACAUCAACUGGAUUUCUGGACUGAAUGAGCACCUAAAACCGAUGGUAAUUGGAAUACCUCGAGUAUUUACUCGGAAACCAAUAAAUGCCGAAAUAUUCUACGAACUCAUGGAUCGAUACCCUAUUGGGUAUUUUUUUACAACACCCCCACAAGCGGCCUGUGUGUUGAACGAUCCUCGAACCAAAACAACCGGUUGGUCAAAAAUGAAAAGCUGGAUGGUUGGAGGAGAAUUUGUCUCCGAAAAGCUUCGUGAUUCGAUAGACGCCCUCCUUCCAAACGGUCGAUCCUACAACAUUUUUGGAAUGUCAGAAAUCUCGAAUAUUGCAAAUGACUAUCUGAAACGGAAACCACUUUCGAAUGGAAUUCUUAUGAACCAUAAAAGUGCAAAAAUCGUAGACAGCGAAGGAAACUCCCUUGGUGUAGGAGAAAUCGGAGAGUUGGUGCUAAAACUCUCCGUUCCAAUGUUAGGAUUCUACAACAACGAAGACGCGAACCAAAAAACAUUUGAAAAAGACGGUUGGAUGCAUACCGGUGAUCUGGCGUAUUUCGACAACGAGGGAUAUUUGUUCGUGGUUGACAGGAUAAAAGAAAUAAUCAAAUACAAUUUCCACGUUUAUCCCGGCGAAUUAGAAAAUAUCAUAUCUCAAAUACCAUCCGUGAAACAAGUCGCCGUAAUCGGGUUGCCAGAUCCGGAAGGUGGCCAGGACUUGAUUACCGCAGUAGUUACAAAAUCAAGCGGAAGUUCCCUGUCCGAGAACGAUAUUUUACAAACAGUACACAGUCAGGUACCGGACCACAAACGGUUGCGAGGUGGAGUUCGUUUUCUUAGUGAAAUGCCGCUGACGGCAUCAGGGAAAAUUUUUAAAAAAGCUCUUAAGGAAAGAUUUAGUGCAGCUGAACGUUAA